AUGCACCCGCCACUGGACCGCCCGCAUCCGGACUGCCAGGCCGAGAUCAAAGCGCUGCUCGUGUGCCACGAAAAGUACCCGUACGCAAAGUUCGUUGGUGCGUGCGGAGAGCUAAAGACGGCACUCGACUGGUGCUUCAAGCGCGAAAAGGCGCGCGUGCGUGAUGAGAACUUCAGACGGGCCAAGGCAUCGGACGCCUACGUGAAGCAGAAGAUGCAGGAGCGACGCGAGCACGAGCGCGACAGCGCCCAUUAA